AUGUCGGCAAAGUCAGUACGCAUCUCUCCCGAGAACACAGGUCUAUGGGAGGUUCAACAGACCAGCGAGGCGGCCGCCAAGGCAAGCGAGCUGUUGAACCAUGACCUAGAGAUGCCUCACCACAUCCUGGCUGUGUACGGCACCGGCGCCAGCGUCGCGCAACUCGAGAGGGCGUAUUCGCUCCGGGACUCGCUACAGCGCGCAGUCGAGCCGCGCCACGACGAUAUCGCAUCCGCGCUGGCCGCAUCGUGGGACAAUGCCGCACCCUAUCUCGGGCGUGAUGAAUACUACCCCGACUUUCUGGCCCAUUUCCAGCAGGUCAUCGAUGACAAUGGCUACGAAGCCGUCGUCAACGAGUACCUCUUCCAGGGAGACGCGCACGCCAAUGAUCUCCUCAUCCGUCUCCACGCCGGCGUCCUGCACUCGCUGCUCCAGCUCAUGUUCGCGCUGGAAUGGAAGCAGCCCGCCAUCGUCGCGGAGGCCUUGGCCCAGACCUGCGUGCACCAGCGCGACGGUCUCGACAGCCUGCUGCUCGAGAGCGAGCGCCGAGCGCGGCAUGUGUCGCAACCCGCCAAGAUGCCGCCGCUGCUCUCCCUGUUCCAGGGCCUCAGGGCCGACCCUCAGCUUCGGCGCGCGGCUCGCUUCACGGACAGCAACAAGAUUCGCGACGGCAUUCUACAGCGAGCGGAAGAGGCCAUGCUUGCGGCAUUGGCGCAGGUGCACGUGGGAGAAGACGAAGUGGAGGAGAGGACGGCGGAGAUGCUGCACACGAUCAUCUAUGUCGCGUCGAGCGCCGCCAUUCACCCACCGCACUACGUGAAAUACGACUUUUUUCUCAUGCACCAUGUCAAUUCGGCCAUCUUUUACCUGACCAUCAACAAGCAGGCAUGGAUCUCGCCGGCCAAUAAAGCGCGGCUGCUCGAGUGGAAGAUCAGGAUGGACUUUCUCGAGUAUGUAGCGCGAGGCUGUCCAGAGAUUUCCCUCGAGGGUAUCGUUUCUUACCAGUCCAAGAGACCAAUCGAAGGGUCUGUACGAGAGAUUGGGCUGCUGCUCCAAGACUUUGGCGACGACGGACACGCCAUCAAGCAGGCGCGCGUCAAUGCUCUGUGCCACGAGUUGAUGAGCAAGUAUAACGGUAAGCCGUGGGCCGUUCUGAAGGGGGACGACAUCUGGCGCAAGAUCCAAGCCAUGACGGUCGACGCAGUGGAGGGCCCCGGCGUGCUGUACGUCAGAUCUGGGGGCUUUGAAGAGGUGUGGAAGGAUGUGCCGCUACAGUCUGCACCAAGGAGAAACUCGGAUGCGCUGAGGGCGUUGCAGGCCGGCAGUGGUGCGUCGCCUGAGGCGCUGGCGACGAGCUGA